AUGUUCGUCUUCGAUUGGUUCUACAACGUGCUCGGCUACCUGGGCCUGUACCACAAGAACGCCAAGAUCCUGUUCUUGGGCUUGGAUAACGCUGGUAAGACCACCCUUCUACACAUGCUCAAGGACGACCGCGUGGCUGUUCACGAGCCUACGCUUCACCCGAACUCAGAGGAGCUGAUCAUUGGCAAGCUGCGUCUUCGCACCUUCGAUCUGGGUGGUCACGAGACCGCUCGCCGACUCUGGCGAGACUAUUUCGCCACGGUGGACGGCGUCGUAUUCGUGGUGGAUGCGCUGGACCGUGAACGCUUCCCCGAGUCCAAGCGCGAGCUGGACACGCUGCUGGGCUACGACGAGCUGGCCAACGUGCCGUUCCUGGUGCUCGGUAACAAGAUCGACGUGCCCCGCGCCGCCUCCGAGGACGAGCUGCGCAGUGCGCUGGGCCUGUACGAGACUUACGGCAAGGAAGCUCGUGGCGACAAGGACGCCAGCAUCCGCCCGAUUGAGCUGUACAUGUGCUCAGUUGUGCGCCGGAUGGGAUACGCUGACGGAUUCCGCUGGAUGGCGCAGUUCUUGUAG